AUGCUGCUGAGGUGCCACUUCUCACUGGCGCCUAGUCGCCAAUGGUCGUUGAACCGCAUCCAUAUCGAGAUUAUUAUCCCUGUCCUCUAUCGUCUCAUUCCCGACGCCAUGCCUGCGCGAUGCAAGUUCAUCUCCCGAAUCAGGCAAUUAUGGACUGUUCAUAUAAUGCCGUCUCAUCGCCCCUCUGAUACCCCAUCUACGGGCAAUGGCUUGCGCUUUGCAGCGCAAGCGGCGAUUGCCUCUCCGUGUUUGAUGCCGAGCGUGGAGGGAGGUCAAAACCGGGGAGGAGAUGACGCGGAUUUGGAUAUAGCGCGGAACAGGCAUGUUCACCCGCCCGGUAGAGACGAGGCUCAAGAGAUCGGUUCACCAAACUCGAUCCUUUCCGAGGAGCGAGGGAAUCAAGACCAGGGAGGACAGGGCGUGGUUUCGGGAGGCGCAUUGAGCGGCGAUGUUUUCGUCCUUAUCGGCAUGCGAAGCCCAUGGCAGGCUAUAGCACCGGGGCUCGCCCCCGAUCCUCGCUGGACUGAAGCCCUGAGGCGGCUUCUAUUUAGUCAACCUAGAGUGCCGAACAGCUUCGACGCAGAUGACUGCGAGUCACGGAUUGAAGCCACCGGCGGCGAAGUCGACAAGCCGGUGCAGGACGUUCGAUUCCCAACCCCGACCCCACCGCGUUCAAUCACGCGGAUACGAUUCAGCACAGAGACACAACUCCACGGUCUCUGGCUCGUCCUUGUGGUAACCUUCAACGAGAUUAUGACGACACUGAACCUCCGCGCUGCCCUUUCACGGCUCGCGAAGGUCGACACGUCAGCCGUGCCGCGAAGUUCUUUCGUUCGGUGCCACAAUUCUCCCGAGGGGUUUAUAAGGGUCGAGGAGUGCACUUAUCGCUCAAGCGAAUAUUCUCUGAACACGCUCUUCCUCUCACCAAAGCUGCAAAUUUUUAGCAUUCUGAUUAUCAGUCGCACGAUGCUCUCGAGGGGCCACUUCACGACGGCGUUCAGUCGUCUCAAUCCAUCGAAUUUCAUCCAUGAUGAAAACAUCAUUAUUCCUGCGCAUGCGCACGCGAGAUCUAUAGUCCAACAAGUCAUGAGCCCCAGCCCCAGGCCUGAGUCGUAUCGCGGAUGGAUCAGCAGGAACGAUGGUAGUUCCUUCGAUCCCGAACCUGAAUCGCAAACACUGGUCACCAACCCCGAUGAUCCCAUCGGCGGGUUGUUGACCGGCUGGUUGUCGAGCUAUCAGUGCGGCGUGGGCCGCCCUCGACCGUCGCCGCCGAUGCUCAAGGAAGUGGCAAGCUCAACGGCUCGCCAGGCCACGCUUCAGAAGAUCACGGAGCUCAUGGGAGCUAUCAAGGAUUUCCAAUGUCAUCGCUUCUCUAACGACGACGAGCAGUACAUCUGA